AUGACUGUCCCAGACUCCAUUUUACUAAAUCUUCCUGUUGAACUGCUGGAGAUGAUAUUUCAGCACCUUCAACGAUCACCAUCUUCUCUUUACAGUCUUACGUUGACUUGUAGCAAAUUCCAGGUUCUCACAACGCCAUUACUCUACACUUCGAUCUGUUUGACGAAUCCGAUCAACUGUGAGCAGCUUGCGAGGACAUUGGAGCAAAGCUCUUGGUUAUCUUCUCUUGUCUUGGACUUCCAGGAACACUUUCAUGAUGCCCAGAUCGAUCAAAUCUAUUAUCCUCUCAUUGAUGCCAUCACUGAAAUGCAAAACCUUGAAAGCCUGACCUUGCGCAGCGUGCCGUCCAAAAUCAACCGCACGCUACUCGUUUUCCUGAUGCAAAACAAAGAUAAUGCUGAGAUUGAGCCCCCCAGUCGAUACGUGGGACAGGGGCUACGAUCGUUAUAUCUCGGGGCCUACAAGAGUACUUCUUGGUCAGAUGGGUGGGACCUUAGUCAAAACGAGAUUGUUUUCUACAUGGAACAACUUGAGAAGCUCCACAUCCAAGGCGCCAUAAUAGACUCCUUGCGCCCAGGAAGCUUUGGGAAAUUAUUUCCUCCUAAGAAGACAGCUCUCAAAGAUCUGGCGUUGGUUAGCUGUCAGAUUGAACCAUCUACAUUUGGACAGAUCCUCGCCUUCCCUACGGGCCUUACCCACAUCACCAUGAGAGGCGGAUGGUCGCAGCCGAGCGGGGCAUUCGAGAGAGAGGGCUUUCGAUCCGAGUACAUUGCAGCAAUACAACGGAGCGACUCGUCUGAUGUGGAGUAUCUUGAUUUCGACAUGAUGGAUACAGAAAACAAGCCGGCUUUCGACCGCUUGUACUGUUUGAAACAGCUCACAAUCCCCAUAGAGACGUAUGCGUACCACGAAAGAAACCCAUGUGACGAAUUUGGUGCAUCCGAUCUUGAUGAGUGUCUUCCUGCCAGUCUGGAGACUCUCAUAUUGAAUGAAUUCGACCGAAAAGGUACCUUCUUCGAUAGCAUUGGUGAACGGGUGGAGGCCGGGGAGCUUCCAAAUCUGCGGACGGUUAUAUACAGGAGGUUCUAUGGCGAGGGCCAGAAAGAGAGCACGGAGGGCUGGGAGGAUGGUAUUGAAACGUUGCGGGAAUUGGGGGUGGAGUUUUCUAUUGUCUCCCAUCACGGUCCAACUACCAUGCCUGAGAACGAUAAUUGGCCAUGCGGAUGCUGGGUCUAUGCAUACUAA